AUCUUCCCCCCCCCCCCCCCAAAAAAAAAAAUACAGGAAAUCAAGAAGGAUGACUCUCGUGACCGAAGAGAUCAAAGCCAGUGCUUCAGAAAUGUACCAUGGAGACGAGACAUGCCAAGAGAAAUCGAAGUUUCUGCUGGAGGAAGUAGGGAUGCCCAGAGGACUGUUGCCCCUCAGAGACAUCGAAGAAUGUGGGUACGUGAAGGAAACAGGUUUCGUGUGGCUCAAACAGAAGAAGAGCAUAACCCACAGGUUCGACAAGAUCGGGAGGCUCGUUUCCUACGCAAAUGAGGUCACCGCUGUGGUGGAGAAAAACAAGAUCAAGAAGCUCACUGGGGUGAAGACCAAGGAGGUUCUGGUUUGGAUCACGCUCAGUGAUAUCUAUGUUGAUGAUCCACCAACUGGGAAAAUCACUUUCAAGACACCUGCGGGCCUCUCCAGAUCUUUCCCUGUAUCAGCUUUUGAGAUUGAAGGUGAAGUUAAGGAGAAGAAACAAGACAAGGAUCAAGUGAAGACCGAAGCUGUGAAUGUAGUGAAGGAGGUCUAGAACACUCAGUCUACACAAGUUUA